AUGGCGUCGAGUGGAGGAGAUGGAGAAGCGGAGUGGACCGCGGCGGUGCGGCCGCUUUUAUCCGCCUCUUACACGGCUUUCGAAACGAAAGAGCUACCUCAGCUUAUAGGAUCCAUCGUAAACAGUGAAUCUGAGAUUCUUCAUCAUGAUAAACAGUACGAGCCGUUCUACUCCUCCUUUGUGGCACUUUCUGCACAUUACAUCACCACAGUCUGCGGACAAAUCCCCAGAAAUCAGUUGCUGUCAGUAGCUGCAGCAUGUAAAGUAUUGAUUGAAUUCUCAUUGCUGCGGCUUGAAAACCCAGAUGAAGCAUGCGCCGUUUCACAGAAACACUUGAUUUUGUUAAUAAAAGGUCUUUGCACCGGAUGCAGUCGACUAGAUCGAACCGAGAUCAUUACCUUCACUGCAAUGAUGAAGUCUGCCAAACUUCCACAGACUGUCAAGACCCUUUCUGAUGUGGAAGACCAGAAGGAGCUGCCCUCCCCAGUGAACCCCGAGCUACGACAAAAAGAAGUACAAAUGAACUUCUUCAAUCAGCUGACCUCAGUCUUUAACCCUGACAUCACAGUCCUAACCUCGCCCACCGCACACUUGCAGGCCGAAGGUGAAUGUGAUGACCAAACGACGACAGAUCAGGCCAUUCAGGCCAAAAUGAAGAAUGCCUUCAUCUCACAAAAUGUGUCAAGUUUACAAGAAUUAGGCGGCUCGGAGAAAUUGCUACGCGUGUGCCUAAACCUGCCCUACUUCUUACGCUAUAUCAACCGCUUCCAGGAUGCUGUAUCAGCCAACUCUUUCUUCAUCAUGCCAGCCACUGUGGCAGAUGCCACCGCAGUGCGAAAUGGGUUCCAUUCUCUUGUGAUUGACGUGACGAUGGCCUUGGAUACUCUGUCCCUGCCUGUGCUGGAGCCUUUAACUCCUGGGAGACUUCUUGAUGUGACUGUGCUAGCUCUGAGCUGCCUCUAUGCAGGUGUAAGCGUGGCUACAUGCAUGGCAAUUCUGCAAGUGGGCAGCGGGUUGCAACUUCGCACUGCUUCCACUGGCUCUACAAAAGAGGAGGACUAUGAAAACGAUGCUGCUACCAUCGUACAAAAAUGUCUAGAGAUAUACGACAUGAUUGGACAGGCAAUUAGUAACUCUCGUCGAGCCGGAGGAGAGCAUUAUCAGAACUUCCAGCUCCUGGGGGCCUGGUGCUUAUUAAACAGCUUGUAUCUGAUUCUGAACUUGAGCCCCACGGCUCUGGCGGAUAAAGGAAAGGAAAAAGACCCUCUGGCAGCACUGCGAGUCAGGGACAUAGCUACUCGCUCCAAGGAUGGGGCAGGAUCCCCUAAACUGGGUCCUGGGAAAGGGCACCAAGGAUUUGGGGUGUUAUCUGUCAUUCUGGCUAACCACUCGAUCAAGCUGCUCACCUCACUAUUUCAGGACCUUCAAGUAGAAGCUCUGCACAGGGGCUGGGCGAGUGACGGACCACCAGCAGAGCUAAACAUAAUGGCCCAGAGUACAUCAAUCCAAAGAGUACAGAGGCUGAUCGACUCCGUGCCUCUCACCAAUCUUCUUUUCACACUGCUCUCCACUUCCUAUAAGAAGGCCUGUGUAUUACAGAGACAAAGAAAAGGCUCUGUAAGCAGCGAUGCCAGCGCCUCCACCGACUCAAACACCUACUACGAAGAUGACUUCAGCAGCACAGAGGAGGACAGUAGUCAAGCAGAGAGAAGACAGGAGAGGACAAGAGCAACUUGUGUCUCAGAUGAUGACAGUGAGCCCAUUCUGGGCCUUUGGUUCGAGGAGACCAUCUCUCCUAGUAAAGAGAAGGUGGCGCCACCACCUCCCCCUCCACCCCCUCCUCUAGAGGCGUCACCGAGGCUCAAGAGCCCCAGCAAACAGUCAGCAGGGGAAAAUGGCAACAUCCUAGCCAGUCGCAAGGACCCUGAGCUGUUUUUAAGUCUGGCCUCUAGCAUUCUGAACUUCAUCACCACAUCUAUGCUGAAGUCCAGAAACAACUUCAUCCGCAACUACUUGAGUGUAUCCCUCACUGAACAGCACAUGGCCACCCUGGCCAGUAUCAUCAAGGAUGUGGACAAAGAUGUGAAGGGUUCCUCUGAUGAAGAGUUUGCAUCAGCGUUAUACCACUUUAACCAUUCUCUGGUAACGUCAGACCUGCCGUCUCCAGCUCUUCAGAACACGUUGUUGCAGCAGCUGGGUGUGGCGCCUUUCUCCGAAGGCCCCUGGCCUAUGUAUAUCCACCCACAGUCUCUGUCAGUCUUCUCCCGACUGCUGCUGAUAUGGCAACAUAAAGCCAGCCAGCAGGGCGAUCCUGACGUUCCUGAGUGCAUGAAGGUCUGGGAGAGGUUUAUCGGGACUCUGAAGCAGAACACACUCCAAGGAGCAAUGCCCACUGAUGAAGACCUAAACGUGGAGCACCUCCAGCUGCUUCUGCUCAUCUUCCACAACCUAUCGGAAAAAGGUCGGCGCACCGUCCUUACGCUCUGCACACAGGCCAUUGCCGAGGUGGCCGCCCACGUGGACUCUCAGCUUCAGUCCGUGCCCCUUAAUCUGGCUCGCAUUCUUCUGGUUUUUGAUUACCUGCUCCACCAAUACUCUAAAGCCCCUGUUUACCUGUUUGAGCAGGUACAGUAUAAUCUUCUGACUCCACCUGUGUCUGGGGCUAGCUCCAACCAGGAGGCGGGUAAGAAAGGCACUCUGCCACUAUACUAUGGCUUUAAGGAAGUGGAGGAAAACUGGGCUAAGCACUGCUCAUCAGAUAGAAAUUCUUCAGCACAACCCAAGUUCUACUGUGUUCUUUCUCCUGAAGCUUCAGAAGAUGAAAGGAGCCGACUUGACAGCAAGGUCUUCCAAGUGCUGUUCAGUGGAGCUGUCAAGUAUGACAACUUGUAUUCCUCUCUGAUCUCCUUGCUGGCUGCAGGGUCUCGAGUUGACACAUCUAGAAGGCAGGAGAGCAAACCUAUCACCCCAGUUGAGGCAUGCUCUCUUCAGUACUAUUUUCUGAUACUUUGGAGGAUUCUGGGAUUGCUCCCCCCAUCUAAAGCCUAUGUUGAGCAACUAAAGACUGGUAACAGCGACCCCAGCGAGAGUGACAUCUUGCACACCCUGAGGUGGUCGUCGCGGCUGGGAGUCAGCACGUAUGUUACCUGGAUCAAGGAAAACCUGGUGAAACAGGGCAUGAAACCUGAUGUUGCCACAGCUCUGAUUGAAGUGGUCUCUUCUAAAUGCAGUGCAGUGAAAUAUGAUAUAGAGCUAGCAGAGGAGUACAUGGCAAGACAGAUCUCGUCAUUCUGCUACGUGGACGCAAACAGCAUCCUGCAUCUCCAUCAGAUUCCCUCCCUGCAGACCAUUUACACGCUGGAUGCUGUCAUUUCCAAAGUGCAGGUCUCUCGAAACGAGCAUCUCUCCAAGGUUGUUGCAGAGACGGACGCACACACAUCCCUGGAGAUCACCAAGAAUCUGCUGCCUGCUACUUUGCAGCUUAUUGACGUCUACACAGCCUUUACCAGAUCCUACCUGUUAAUGAGCCUUCCUGAGGAUGGAGAGAACAAACACACAGAAGCAAAACUGCAGGGCUAUUCAGCCGUAUUGUCUAUUGGCUCCACACGCUGCAAAGCUAACCAGCUUGGCCAAGCCGUGAUGCAGAAUCUGCCAUCUGCUGUUCAGACCCUAUGUGAGACAUGGAACAACAUUCACACUAAUGAGUUCCCCAACAUUGGUUCAUGGCGAAAUGCCUUUGCUAAUGACACCAUUCCCUCAGAGAGCUACAUCAGUGCUAUCCAGGCAGCCCAUUUGGGCACGCUCAGCAGCCUGUCUUUACCCUUGGCUUCCUCUUUGAAGCACAUCCUGCUCACACUGGUGCGCCUCACUGGGGACCUUCUUGUCACCGAGGAGCCGAAUCAUUCCCUGGUCAUCCGCACUCUGCUGCCACUGUUGUUGGAAAGUAGCACAGAGAGCGUGGCUGAGAUCUGCAGCACCUCUCUGGAAAGGAUCCUGGGACCUGCCGAGUCGGACGCCUUUUUGGCCCGUGUGUACGAGCGCCUUGUUACCGGAUGCUACAACAUCAUCGCCAACCACUCUGAUCCCAGCAGCGGUCUGGAUGAGUCUGUGUUGGAGGAAUGUCUGCAGUACCUGGAGAAGCAGUUAGAAAGCAGUCAGGUUCGCAAAGCGAUGGAGGAAUUCUUUUCCUUCAGUGGCGAAUUGGUGCAAAUCAUGAUGGCUACUGCAAAUGAAAAUCUGUCUGCCAAGUUCUGCAACAGGGUUCUGAAGUUCUUCACUAAGCUCUUCCAGCUUACCGAAAAGAGCCCCAACCCCAGCCUGCUCAGUCUCUGCGGCUCUAUGGCACAGCUGGCCUGUGUGGAGCCUAUGAGGCUUCAGGCCUGGCUCACCCGCAUGACCGCCUCACCACCCAAAGACUCCGACCAGCUGGACACGGUGCAGGAGAAUCGCCAGCUGCUGCAGCUCCUCACUACGUACAUCGUGCGGGACAACAGCCAGGUGGGCGAGGGCGUUUGCACAGUACUGCUCAGCACUCUCGUCCCCAUGGCGACAGAGAUGCUAGCAAGCGGAGAUGGAGCCGGGUUUCCAGAGCUCGUGGUCAUCAUGGCUACGCUGGCCAGUGCCGGCCAAGGAGCGGGGCACCUGCAGCUGCACAGGGCUGCUAUUGAAUGGCUGGGUAGAUGUAAAAAGUACUUGUAUCAGAAGAACGUUGUGGAGAAAGUGACUGCUAAUGUAUCUCAAGGAAAGCAUGCCAGCAUGCUGGAGUGUGCAUGCCACAUCAUCUCAUACCUGGCGGACGCGAUGAACGCUCUGAGGCAGACCAGUGGACAAGGCUCAUCCCAGUUACUUAUGGAAGGAGAGGAAAAAGGCAUUGAGGUGGACUCGGACUGGGUGGAGGAACUGGCUGUGGAGGACGAAGACUCACAGGCUGAAGACUCGGAUGAAGAUUCCCUCUGCAAUAAGCUCUGUACCUUUACCAUUACACAGAAGGAGUUCAUGAACCAGCACUGGUAUCAUUGUCACACCUGUAAGAUGGUGGAUGGGGUAGGUGUGUGUACAGUGUGUGCCAAGGUCUGUCACAAAGACCAUGAGAUCUCCUAUGCCAAAUACGGCUCUUUCUUCUGUGACUGCGGGGCCAAGGAGGAUGGCAGCUGCCAGGUGAGACCGAAUACUUCAGGUCAUCAUGGGAAAAGAACAACAGCGGCUCUUGUCAAGAGAAGCCCUAGCAGUGGAAUGACCUCCACCGUGAAAGAGUCCUCGGCUUUUCAGAGCGAGUUACGGCUGCCCGAGAGUGCCAUCCGCCACCAGAGUGCCUCACCCGCCGACAAGGGCAAAGUCACCAUCUGUGAUGGCAAGGCCAGUGACGAGGAAAAACCCAAGAAGAGCAGUGUGUGCAAAAACAUUGAAGGCUGCAGAGAGGACCUGCUCUGCCAAGUUGCCAGCUCAUCUACAGCAGUCCUAGUAUUGGAGCUGCUGACCUUCCUCAUGGAUGCCAUCCAGACUAAUUUCCAGCAGGCCUCAGCUGUAGGCAGCAGCAGCCGUGCCCAGAACGCCCUCAAUGAACUGCACACCCAGGACAAGACUGUAGAGAUGACUGACCAGCUCAUGGUUCCAACUUUGGGCUCUCAGGAAGGAGCGUUUGAAAACGUAAGGAUGAACUACAGCGGCGAUCAGGGCCAGACCAUCCGCCAGCUCAUCAGUGCUCAUGUGCUGCGCCGUGUGGCUAUGUGUGUGCUUUCUUCUCCCCACGGUCGCCGGCAGCACCUUGCUGUCAGCCAUGAAAAGGGCAAAAUUACAGUCCUGCAGCUAUCAGCACUCCUGAAGCAAGCUGAUUCAAGCAAGAGGAAACUCACCCUCACUCGUCUGGCCUCAGCACCAGUUCCAUUCACCGUGCUCAGCCUGACCGGAAACCCCUGUAACGAGGACUACCUGGCAGUGUGCGGCCUCAAGGAUUGUCACGUGCUGACGUUCAGCAGUACAGGCUCUGUGUCCGAUCACCUUGUGCUGCACCCCCAACUGGCCACCGGAAACUUUAUCAUCAAGGCCAUAUGGCUUCCUGGAUCUCAGACUGAACUAGCUAUCAUUACUGCAGACUUUGUAAAGAUCUAUGAUUUAUCUGUGGACGCCCUGAGCCCCAUGUAUUACUUCCUGCUUCCGAGCUCAAAGAUCAGAGACGCCACAUUCCUGUUCAAUGAGGAGGGCAAAAACAUCAUUGUCAUCAUGUCCUCAGCUGGUCACAUGUACACUCAGGUGAUGGAUGAGACCAGCAGUGCACAGCAUGGCCCUUUCUAUGUCACCAACGUGCUGGAGAUCAACCAUGAAGACUUGAAGGACAGCAAUGGGCAGGUGGCUGGAGGUGGAGUGUCUGUGUACUACUCGCAUGUUCUGCAGAUGCUCUUCUUCAGUUACAGCCAGGGCAAAUCCUUUGCUGCCACAAUCAACCGCAGCAGCUUGGAGAUGCAGGGGCUGUUUCCCAUAAAUGUUAAAGGCUCAAAUGGGGGCAGCAAGACCUCUCCAGCUUUGUGUCAGUGGUCUGAGGUCAUGAACCACCCAGGCCUGGUGUGCUGUGUGCAGCAGACCACAGGAAUCCCUCUGGUCAUCAUGGUGAAGCCAGACACAUUCAUGAUCCAGGAGAUUAAAACUUUGCCUGCCAAAGCCAAGAUCCAGGACAUGGUGGCGAUCCGUCACACAGCCAGCAAUGAGCAGCAGCGUACCACUAUGAUCCUGCUGUGUGAGGAUGGCAGCCUCCGCAUCUACAUGGCUAACGUGGAGAACACGUCCUAUUGGCUACAGCCAUCUCUGCAGCCCAGCGGUGUGAUCAGUAUCAUGAAGCCUGUCCGCAAGCGCAAAGCUGCUGCAGCCACUACACGUACAUCCAGCCAGGUGACUUUCCCUGUAGAUUUCUUUGAGCAUAACCAGCAGCUCACUGAAGUGGAAUUCGGAGGCAAUGACUUGCUUCAGGUCUACAACGGACAGCAGAUCAAACACCGCCUUAAUUCCUCUGGGAUGUAUGUGGCCAACACCAAGCCUGGCGGCUUCACAGUGGAGGUGGUGAACAAUAACAGCUCUAUGGUGAUGACCGGAAUGAGGGUGCAGGUUGGCACUCAGGCCAUCGAACGAGCUCCGUCGUACAUCGAGAUCUUCGGACGUACCAUGCAGAUGAACUUGACUCGCUCUCGUUGGUUCGAUCUCCCGUUUACCCGGGAGGAGGCCCUGCAGGCUGACAAGAAACUCUCUAUUUUCAUCGGAGCAUCAGUAGACCCGGCAGGAGUCACCAUGCUAGACUCCAUUAAGAUCUAUGGCAAAACCAAAGAGCAGUUCGGUUGGCCUGACGAACCACCCGAGGACUUCCCUUCUGCUUCGGUCAACAACGUCUGCAGCCCCAACUUGAACGCUGGCAACGGUACCGGAGACAGCGAUAUCGUCACGCCCACCACCACCAGUGGCACAGUACUGGAGAGGUUGGUGGUUAGCUCCUUGGAAGCCCUAGAGAGCUGCUACGCCAUUGGUUCAGCUAGUGAAAAGGAGAAAAGCAAAGGCCCAGCUCUAGAGUUGGCCACACUUUUGCUGUCCAUGCCAACUCCUUCUGGAGUCCAGCAGCAGACCAAAGGCCUUCUGGCCAGUCUGCACACCAGCCGCACAGCCUACCACAACCACAAGGAUCAGUCCCUACUGAGCAACGCGGUACAGUGUUUGAAUAACUGUAGCAAGGAAAGCAAGGAUCUGGACCCUGAAGUGUUCCAGCGACUGGUGAUCACCGCCCGUUCUAUCGCUGUGAUGAGACCCAACAACCUUGUGCACUUUACAGAAUCCAAGAUGCCUCUUCCUGAAAUUGAUCUGGGUGAGGACGGAUUAAAGCAAGCAGACACUGAAGGAUGUAAUUUUAUUAUGCAACUCGUCAACAACUUUUGGAAGCUGCACGCUCUCAAACCCAAGAAUGCUUUUCUAGCUCCAGCUUGCUUGCCUGGUCUGACUCAUAUUGAAGCCACAGUAAAUGCACUGGUGGACAUAAUUCAUGGGUACUGCACUUGUGAGCUGGACUACAUCAACGUGGCUUCCAAAAUCUACAUGCAGAUGCUUCUUUGCCCUGACACCUCUGUGAGCUUUGCUUGCAAGCAGGCCCUAAUAAGAGUACUUCGACCUAGGAACAAGCGCAGACAUGUGACCCUACCCUCUCCACCACGCUCCAACACUCCAAUGGGUGAUAAAGACGAUGACGACGACGAUGAUGCCGAUGACAAAAUGCAGCCCUCCGGUAUGACCGGGGGAGAAGGUGGCAGGCAGGAAAGUCAAGAACAAAACGAGGUGGACCAUGGAGAUUUUGAGAUGGUGUCCGAGUCCAUGGUUCUGGAGACGGCAGAGAAUGUGAACAAUGGAAACCCUUCUCCACUGGAGGCUCUGUUGGCCGGAGCUGAGGGCUUCCCUCCCAUGCUGGACAUUCCUCCGGAUGCUGAUGAUGAGACCAUGGUGGAACUGGCCAUUGCGCUCAGUCUUCAACAGGAUCAGCAAGGUAGCAGCAGCAGUGCUCUGGGCUUACAGAGUCUGGGUCUUUCUGGUCAGGCCCCCAGCUCCUCUUCUCUGGAUGCAGGCACCUUAUCAGACACUACAGCAUCAGCCCCAGCCUCGGAUGACGAGGGGAGCACAGCGGCCACCGACGGCUCCACGCUGCGCACCUCUCCCGCCGAGCAUGGUGGCAGUGUAGGCUCAGAGAGCGGAGGCAGUGCCAUCGACUCGGUGGCUGGAGAACACAACGUGUCUGGGCGCAGCAGUGCCUAUGGGGACACGGUGGUGGAGGGCCACCAUGCCGGACCGGGCAGCGUGAGUUCCAGCACUGGAGCCAUCAGCACCACCACUGCCCAGCAGGAGGGAGACGGCUCUGAGGGAGAGGCAGAGAAUGAGGGAGACAUUCACACCAGCAAUAGGCUCCACAUGGUACGUUUGAUGCUGCUGGAGCGGCUCCUGCAGCACCUGCCCCAGCUGCACAGUGUGGGCGGAGUUCGUGCCAUCCCAUACAUGCAGGUGAUCCUCAUGCUGACGGCUGACCUAGAUGGAGAAGAUGAAAAGGACAAAGGGGCCCUGGAUGACUUGCUGGCUCAGCUCAUCGGCGAGCUCGGCAUGCACAAGAAGGAUGUCUCAAAGAAGAAUGAGCGCAGCCCAGUAAAUGAAGUGCACCUGGUCAUCAUGAGGCUCCUCAGUGUCUUUAUGUCACGCACAAAGUCUGGCUCCAAGUCAUCUUCUGAGUCCUCCUCGCUCAUCUCCAACGCAACAGCUACUGCCCUGCUCAGUCUGGGUGCCAUAGACUACUGUCUCCAUGUGCUCAAGUCUCUGCUAGACUUCUGGAAGACGCAGCAAGGGGAGGAAGAGCCAACAGCUGCCAGUCAGCUCCUCAAACCCCACACCUCGUCCUCUCCUCCCGACAUGAGCCCCUUCUUUCUGCGCCAGUAUGUCAAGGGUCACGCCGCUGACGUGUUCGAAGCGUACUCUCAACUCCUGACCGAAAUGGUCCUACGGCUGCCCUAUCAGAUCAAGAAGAUCGCCGACACCAACCCUCGCAUUCCACCCCCCAUCUUUGAUCACUCCUGGUUUUACUUCCUCUCUGAGUACCUGAUGAUCCAACAGACGCCGUUUGUAAGAAGGCAGGUGAGAAAGCUGCUGCUCUUUAUUUGCGGUUCAAAGGAAAAGUAUCGCCAGCUCAGAGACCUCCAUACGCUAGACUCCCACGUACGCAGCAUAAAGAAGCUUCUGGAGGAGCAGGGCAUCUUCCUCAGGGGAGGCAUCGUCACGGCAACGUCAGGCUCUGCGCUGCAGUAUGACACACUUAUCAGUCUGAUGGAGCACCUGAAAGCAUGUGCUGAAAUAGCAACCCAGAGAACUAUCAACUGGCAGAAGUUUUGUGUCAAAGAUGAUUCGGUGUUGUACUUCCUACUGCAAGUGAGUUUCCUGGUGGAUGAAGGCGUAUCUCCAGUGCUCCUGCAACUGCUCUCCUGUGCGCUGUGUGGUAGCAAAGUCAUGGCUGCCUUCAAUUCCGGAGGCUCUUCUACAGGCGCCGGGGCCUCCCAGUCCUCCCAGAGCAAGUCGUCCAGCAAGAAGAGCAAAAAGGAGGACAAGGAGAAAGAGAAAGAAGGGGAUGGAGCAGGCAGUCAGGAGGACCAGCUGUGCACUGCUCUGGUCAGUCAGCUCAACAAAUUUGCAGACAAAGAGACUUUGAUUCAGUUCCUGCGCUGCUUUUUGUUGGAGUCCAACUCUUCCUCUGUGCGCUGGCAAGCCCACUGUUUGGCAUUGCACAUCUACAGGAACUCCACCAAAUCCCACCAGGAAAUGCUGUUGGACCUGACCUGGGCCAUUUGGCCUGAGCUUCCUGCGUAUGGUCGGAAAGCUGCCCAGUUUGUCGACCUGCUGGGUUAUUUCUCCCUCAAGACCCCUCAAACAGAAAGAAAGCUGAAGGAAUACUCACAGAAAGCUGUUGAGAUUUUGAGGACACAAAACCACAUACUCACCAAUCAUCCCAACUCAAACAUUUACAAUACCCUGUCUGGACUGGUGGAAUUUGAUGGCUUUUACCUUGAAAGCGAUCCCUGCUUAGUGUGCAACAAUCCCGAAGUGCCGUUCUCUAACAUCAAACUGUCUUCGAUCAAAGUGGACACUCGAUAUACUACCACGCAGCAAGUUGUUAAACUGAUUGGCAGCCACACCAUCAGCAAAGUCACUGUCAAGAUAAGCGACCUCAAGAGGACCAAGAUGGUGCGUACCAUCAAUCUGUACUACAACAACAGGACCGUUCAGGCGAUUGUGGAGCUGAAAAAUAAACCUGCUCGCUGGCACAAAGCCAAGAGAGUGCAGUUAACACCCGGUCAGACAGAAGUCAAGAUUGACCUGCCCCUUCCCAUCGUGGCCUCCAAUUUAAUGAUUGAAUUCUCCGACUUCUAUGAGAACUACCAAGCGUCAACGGAGACCCUGCAGUGCCCACGCUGCAGUGCCUCUGUCCCCGCCAACCCGGGAGUGUGUGGCAACUGUGGAGAGAACGUCUAUCAGUGUCACAAGUGCCGGUCUAUUAAUUACGAUGAGAAAGACCCCUUCCUGUGUAACGCCUGUGGUUUCUGUAAAUAUGCUCGUUUUGACUUCAUGCUCUAUGCAAAACCUUGCUGUGCUGUGGAUCCUAUUGAGAAUGAGGAAGACAGGAAAAAGGCUGUAACCAACAUCAACACUCUUCUGGAUAAAGCUGACCGUGUUUAUCAUCAGCUCAUGGGCCAUCGGCCUCAGCUGGAGAGUCUGCUGUCAAAGGUGAAUGAGGCAGCACCAGAAAAGCCACAGGACGACACUGGUGCAGGAGCAGGCCUGGGAACAUCUACUGCUAGUGUGAACAGGUACAUUCAGCAGCUGGCACAGGAAUACAGUGGAGACUGCAAAACCUCAUUUGAUGAGCUCUCUAAGAUCAUACAGAAAGUGCUUGCGUCUCGUAAAGAGCUGCUGGAGUACGACCUGCAGCAACGAGAGGCAGCUACCAAGUCCUCACGCACCACCACCCAACCCACCUUCACAGCCAGUCAGUACAGAGCCCUGUCUGUGCUCGGCUGCGGACACACAUCCUCCACCAAGUGCUACGGCUGCGCGUCUGCGGUCACGGGUCACUGCAUCACUCUGCUGCGUGCGCUGGCCACCAACACCGCCAUCAGGCAGAUCCUGGUACACCAAAACCUCAUUCGAGAGCUGUUCGAACACAACCUCCGCCGUGGAACUGGUGCUAUGAGGGAAGAGGUGCGGCAGCUCAUCUGCCUGCUAACGAGAGAUCACCCAGAGGCCACUCAGCAGAUGAACGACCUGAUCAUAGUCAAGGUGUCGGCCGCUUUGAAGGGGCACUGGGCAAACCCCGACCUGGUCAGCAGCCUGCAGUAUGAAAUGCUUCUUCUCACUGACUCCAUAGCAAAAGAAGGAGGUUGCUGGGAGCUCAGACUACGUUGUGCCCUGAGUCUCUUCCUGAUGGCUGUCAAUAUAAAGACCCCAGUAGUGGUGGAGAACAUUACACUGAUGUGCCUAAGAAUCUUACAGAAACUUAUCAAACCCCCUGCACCCACUAGCAAGAAAAACAAGGACGCUGCUGUUGAAUCCUUAACCACAGUUAAGCCAUAUUGCAAUGAGAUUCACGCUCAGGCCCAGCUCUGGCUCAAAAAGGAUCCCAAGGCAUCAUAUGAAGCCUGGAAAAAGUGCCUUCCUGCUAGAUGCCAAGAUUCUGUCUCUAAGCCUUCAAAUAAGGCUGAGCUCAGGAGACAGUACCUGAUGGAGAAGUAUGUGUGGAAGUGGAAGCAGUUCAUGAGGGCGAAAUCAGAGGGCUUGUUCCCUCGCCUGCUCAAACUGGGUCACAACAACUGGCUGAGACAGGUGCUUUUUACGCCGGCUACUCAGGCAGCAAGGCAAGCUGCCUGCACCAUCGUUGAAGCCCUGACUACCAUUCCCAGUCGCAAACAGCAGGUCCUGGACCUUCUCACCAGUUACCUGGACGAGCUGAGUGUUGCUGGAGAAUGUGCUGCCGAGUACCUGGCUCUCUACCAGAAGCUUAUUAAACCUGCUCACUGGAAGGUGUACCUGGCUGCUCGUGGAGUUCUGCCCUAUAUUGGCAACCUUAUCACAAAGGAAAUUGCCCAUCUCCUAGCAUUAGAAGAAGCAACACUGAGCACAGACCUGCAGCAAGGAUAUGCCCUCAAGAGUCUCACUGGCCUUCUGUCCUCCUUUGUGGAAGUGGAGUCAAUUAAAAGGCAUUUUAAGAGCCGGCUGGUAGGCACUGUACUGAACGGAUACCUGUGUCUGAGGAAACUGGUGGUUCAAAGAACCAAAUUAAUCGACGAGACUCAGGAUAUGCUUCUGGAGAUGCUGGAAGACAUGACAACAGGAACGGAGACUGAAACGAAGGCGUUCAUGGCAGUGUGCAUCGAGACGGCGAAACGCUACAACCUGGAUGAUUACCGCACCCCUGUCUUCAUCUUUGAGAGACUUUGCAGCAUAAUCUACCCUGAGGAGAACGAGGUAACCGAGUUCUUUGUGACAUUGGAGAAGGAUCCUCAGCAGGAGGACUUUCUGCAGGGCCGCAUGCCAGGCAACCCGUACAGCAGUAAUGAACCUGGCAUCGGUCCUCUCAUGAGGGACAUCAAGAACAAGAUCUGCCAAGAUUGUGAUCUGGUUGCACUGUUGGAGGAUGACAGUGGGAUGGAGCUGCUUGUGAACAACAAGAUCAUUAGUCUGGACCUGUCUGUGGCUGAGGUUUACAAGAAAGUCUGGUGCCCAACCAACGAGGGUGAACCAAUGCGAAUCAUCUAUCGUAUGAGAGGGCUUCUAGGUGAUGCUACAGAGGAAUUUAUUGAGUCUUUGGACUCUACUACAGAUGAAGAGGAGGAUGACGAAGAGGUGUAUAAAAUGGCUGGAGUCAUGGCUCAGUGUGGAGGGCUGGACUGCAUGCUCAACAGACUGUCUGGAAUCAAGGACUUUAAACAGGGCAGACAUCUACUUACAGUCCUGCUGAAGCUGUUUAGCUACUGUGUCAAAGUAAAGAUCAAUAGACAGCAGCUGGUCAAACCGGAAAUGAACACGCUGAAUGUUAUGCUCGGCACUUUGAACCUGGCACUGGUCGCAGAGCAGGAGAGCAAGGAUAGCGGUGGGGCAUCUAUAGCAGAGCAGGUCCUCAGCAUCAUGGAGAUCAUUCUAGAUGAGGCCAAUGCUGAAACUCUGUCUGAGGAUAAGAGUAACCUGCUGCUGACGGGAGAUAAGGAUCAGCUGGUGAUGCUGCUGGAUCAGAUCAACACUACUUUUGUGCGCUCCAACCCCAGUGUCCUGCAGGGUCUUCUACGCAUCAUUCCCUACCUGUCCUUCGGAGAGCUGGAGAAAAUGCACAUCUUGGUGGAGCGCUUCAAACCUUGUUGCAGCUUUGAUAAGUAUGAUGAGGAGCACAAUGCAGAUGAUAAAGUUUUCCUAGACUGUUUCUGUAAAAUUGCAGCAGGGAUCAAGAAUAACAGUAAUGGUCAUCAGCUCAAGGAUCUAAUCCUUCAGAAGGGCAUCACUCAGAGUGCUCUGGACUACAUGAAAAAACAUAUCCCAAGCGCCAAAAAUUUGGAUGCAGAUGUGUGGAAGAAGUUCCUUGCCCGGCCAGCCCUUCCCUUUAUCCUCAGACUUCUGCGUGGUCUGGCAACCCAGCAUCCUCCUACACAGAUGCUCAUAGGAACAGACUCUAUUAGCAAUUUGCACAAGUUGGAGCAGGUGUCCAGUGAUGAAGGCAUAGGCACUUUGGCUGAGAACCUUCUGGAAGCUUUGAGGGAGCAUGCAGACGUGAACCUGAAGAUUGAUGCAGCUAGAAGGGAGACACGAGCAGAGAAAAAGCGGAUGGCCAUGGCAAUGAGGCAGAAAGCUCUGGGCACAUUGGGCAUGACUACCAAUGAGAAGGGACAGGUGGUGACAAAGACGUCACUGUUGAAGCAGAUGGAGGAGCUUAUAGAGGAGCCUGGGCUGACAUGCUGCAUCUGCCGAGAAGGUUACAAGUUCCAGCCCACAAAGGUCCUGGGGAUCUACACGUUUACAAAGCGCGUGGCUCUGGAAGAGUUUGAGAACAAACCUCGCAAGCAGCAGGGCUACAGCACUGUUUCGCACUUUAACAUAGUUCAUUACGACUGUCACCUCGCUGCUGUCCGGCUUGCUCGAGGGCGUGAGGAGUGGGAAAGUGCCGCUCUGCAGAACGCCAACACCAAGUGCAAUGGGCUCUUGCCUGUGUGGGGGCCACACGUACCUGAAUCAGCCUUUGCUACUUGUCUGGCAAGACACAACACAUAUCUGCAAGAAUGCACAGGGCAGAGGGAGCCAACGUACCAGCUCAACAUCCACGACACCAAGCUGCUGUUCCUGCGCUUCGCCAUGGAGCAAUCCUUCAGCGUGGACACAGGAGGAGGAGGCCGUGAGAGCAACAUCCACCUCAUCCCCUACAUCAUCCACACGGUCCUCUACGUCCUCAACACCACAAGGGCCACAUCACGGGAGGAGAAGAACCUGCAGGGCUUCCUGGAACAGCCGUGCGACAAGUGGGUGGAGAGCUCGUAUGAGGUCGAUGGGCCGCACUACUUCACCGUACUGGCUAUGCACAUCCUCCCUCCUGAGCGCUGGAGGACCACACGCGUCGACAUCUUGCGCAGGCUGCUCGUCACCGCACACGCACGGAAGGUCUCGCCAGGGGGCGCCAACAAGCUCACAGACAAAACCGUGAAGGAGUAUGCAGUUUAUCGCUCCCCGCUUCUCUUCUGGGGCCUGGUGGACCUCAUCUAUGACAUGUUUAGGAAAGUACCCACCAGUAACACAGAGGGAGGCUGGUCCUACUCACUGGCAGAGUAUGUACGGCACAAUGACAUGCCCAUGUACGAGGCUUCAGAAAGGAUACUGAGGGCUUUCCAGGAUGAGCUCAUGCCUGCUGAUUCCUUCUCAGAGUUCCUAGAUGUUGUAGGGCUUCUCUCAGACAUCCCAGACCCUGAUGGUUUUCUGCAGGACCUGUUGAACUCAGUGCCCUGAUGAGAUCCAGCCAACACCCCCCCUCCCCAUCCAGCUCGCUCAGUCCAGGUGUUUCUCAAUCAAGGGGUCUGUCCUCCACUCGGACGAUGCAAUUACAACUCGAAGGGACGCCUUUCAAUCUGGGUCUGGGUUCCCAAAUCUCUCAUUCACCACCACCUUCACUCCUGAUGUUCAUUCUUCAUUUAUUUUUUUUUCUACGACAGCAUCUUCAAAUAUAACUCACCUAAAUCUGAAAUUGUAUUUGUAUUCCAGCAAGUUAAAUUCAUUCAUCACGAUUAUUUCUGUAACAUCUAAUUCACUGAGACGUGCCGUGCAAAUCCGAUUCGCUGUUGAUCUCUUUAAGUAACUUUAAACGUGUGGGAAUUGAAUAACUGAGUAAAAAACGCAUACAGUUUUGAUGGUUUUUAGUUUGUUUCUGUUGUUUAUUUUUGUUUGUUUGUUUUGGGGUUCUGUUCGAGUUAACUUCCAGAGUGGUGACAAGCAGCAGCUUCACAAAAAAAGUUUGGAUUGAUCUCUUGGUGUCAUGCACUUUGUUUCUGGACAUUUUGCAGUGGUGUUCAGUUGUCUGUCAUUUGUAAGAAGGACAAAUCCUUCUUGUUUGAUUAAACAUGAUUGUUUGGGGUUUAUCUGUUCCAUUAAGUGAUACAGAAUGCAGGAUAUUUUAAGGCGUACAUUAAUGUAAUUUGAUAUGCAUUUGGAACGGGGUUUUAUCUUCCAUUGUAAAACUCAGAAACUCGAGAUAAUAAAAGGGCCUACAUCCUUAUCUUUAUUUUUGGACGUUUUUUUUUUUCUUUGCCGUGGUUGGGUUCGCAACACUAGAUUCUUUGUGGGCUUUUCAUUUGUGAUUGUUUUUCCCCCUAAACAUGAACCAAAAUGUCUCACAGAAAGAUUUUUUCUUUUGUUUUGUUAUUUUCCUUUUUUUCUGAUGAGCAAGGUGCCACCGAGAAACAGUCUUGGUCUUGGUGAAAACUGAAUUCAUAAUAUAUCUAUAUAAACAAUAUAUACACCUCUAAAGGGUAAUCUUGUACUCUGAGCUGAAUGCAUGGUGUGGUUAAAAAAAAUUAAAGAAUCCAGUUAGUGUUUAAUCGCCUCUUCCCGCUGCUACAAUGUUCAACUGUUGCUGAAUGUCUGCUUUUUGAAUUAUCUCAAAUGAAUAAAGCUGUAAGAAUCCCACACGA